AACUGGGUGAAGCCCGUGGCGACGCGCUGGCGGUGGCUGUGUAAUGGCGUGAGACGAGAGCAAGUCCCGCAGACAGGAGCAGCGAGAGCAGCGAGAGCAGCGGAGGCCAUGGCGUGUUCCAGAGUGCCGCUGGAUGAGCAACAGGUGACGGAGCCCAGCGGAGCCCUGGGGAAGGGGCGUACCUUGCCUGCUCUGCACCCAGAGAGAAAGGAGGAGCGGUGUUUUGUGCCUUACAUGCCUCCGCCCGAGGAUGGCUCGCCUGCUCAGGUGGAGGAGUUUUUGGAACAUUCCAGAUUCAUUACUGAGGACCUGGAGUGGCUGCUAGCAUUGCCCCAUGACAAGUUCUGGUGUCAGGUGGUUUUUGACGAAUCCCUGCAGAAUUGUCUGGAUUCGUACUUGCGACAUGCUCCCCGGGGCCUGGAUCCCACUGCUCUGCCCUCCUCCCAGGCGGUGAUGGACAUGCAGCGCUGCAUCCACAGAGCCGUCUUCAUGACCUUCCUCAGGAUGGCCACGCACAAAGAGUCCAAGGAGAACUUCCUAACCCCGGCUGUGUUUGGAGAAAUCAUCUAUGAGAACUUCCUGUUUGACAUUCCCAAGAUCCUGGACUUGUGUGUGCUGUUUGGGAAGGGCAACAGCCAGCUCCUACACAAGAUGCUAGAGAACAUCUUUACUCAGCAGCCCUGUUACUACAGCGACCUGGAUGCGGCGGUCCCCUCGGUGCUACAAGUGUUUGACACCAUCCUAGAUAAGUGUGGUCUCCAGUGUGAAGGGGCAACAGCAACAGAACCACUGAAGCUGAGCGCACACAACCGGCCCUCCACCGUCACCAUGAGUCAGCAGGACCUUGUGGACCUGGUCCUUUACCUGUGUGACUCCACCACCACCAUCCAUGCCUUCCUGGACAUCUUCCCCGCUGCCUGUUCCACCUUCCAAACCCAUGGCUUCCUCUGCAGACUGGCCUCGUUUUAUGAGACCGCGGUUCCUGACUUGGAGAAGGCAGUGAGGAAGAGAAACUUUGACGAUAAAGGCCUUCAGGAGGACUUGUGGGUAAGAGUGUCCCACGCCUGUAAGAGGAUGGUGGGGACAGCUCACCUGUUGUUACAGCACACCUGCCUACAGCCAAUCCUGGAAGGGGGAGAGAACAUCCAGACAUUCUCCGAGGAGCUCUUGCAACAUUUCACAUAUUUUCUACCUGAGAAAAGGUUCUUGACAGACUAUGACGAGCAGUUCCCCAUCGCAGAUGACAUCAGUCUCCUACAGCAGGCCCUCCCUAUCAUUGAUGAGACCAGGACAUCCUACCUGCUGCAGGGCGUGCAGAGUGCCUGGGACAACGUGGGCCGAGGAAAACCCCAAAUCCAGACUCACUCCAAAUCGGCCUCGGCUCUGCCAGCUGCCCAGGCAGCGGCGUACACCAGCCCUGGUGCCUCUACCUCAGCUGACCUUAACCCCAGGAUGGCCAGGGAAAGAGGAGAGAUGCCCCAAGGAACAGAUGCCAUGCUGGACGUGCCUGGAAAAGGGAGCAAUGGCGCGGUGUGCUCGGUGAGUGCUGGAGAAUUGGAGUCUUUGCUGUCAUGUAUCAAGGAUCUGCUGCCUGACCUGGGCGAGGGCUUCCUGAUGGCCUGCCUUCAAGAGUAUGACUACAACUCUGAACUAGUCAUCAACAACAUUUUGGAGAACCAGCUGACGCCCGGCUUAGACAAACUGGACCGCACCAUGCCCAGGCAGGUGAAGGAAGAGCCCCCAGCCGUCCUGAACAGCAGGUCCAAUGUGUUUGACGAUGACGAGUUCGAUGUCUUCCACAGAGAUCAGGUGGACGUGUCCCGUAUCUGGAAGGGCAGGAGGAAAGGCGAGAGCGCCCGGCAGAUGCUGAAUGACAAGCAGCACAUCGCGGAGCAGAGGGCCCGGUACCAGGCGUAUGAGACGGUGGUGGACGAGGUCGUUGUCGAACCCGGCAGCUCGGCAGACGGCUACGGCCCGGACGAUUACGAGGACGAGUAUGACGACACCUAUGACAUCAACCAAGUGGGAGCCAAUGACCUGGACGAAGACAGUCUGCUGAACCGCCGGCCCUUCACCAUCCCACAGGUACUGCGAGCAGGAAGCAAACAAACUCUAGAUGUGCGGUACAGGGAUGAGGAGGAGGAAGAGGAGGAUGAAGAGAGUGAGGAGAGCAACACGGUGAACAGGGACCAGUUUGUGCAGAACCCGGCCCUGCUCAGGGAGAGGGCCGAGGCCAGAAGAGCCGCCAUGCAGCAGAGGAGGGGGUACCGACCGGAGCCUCCCGGUAACGUGGUGGGCCGACCCAAAGGCCAGGGCCAGACCCAGGAGACCUUCCUGGACCGACGCAAGAAGGAAGCCAACAAGAGCCGCGGAGCCAAUCACAACCGACGCACCAUGGCUGACCGCAAGAGGAACAAAGGCAUGAUCCCCUCCUGAGGCCCACC